AUGGUGCUAGUGCGUCGCCUCGCCGCUUGGUGCGCUGUCGUCGCGGUGGCACGCUGUAGCCUCAACACUCCAGAGGAGGUGAGGAAGGGCAGAGAAGCCCUGGAACUGUGGCGCCGCAAGGGACGGGACAGCGGCUGUCCUGACGACAGAAUAUUUGGCGGAUUCGUCACUUUCGUCAGCCUGUACCCCUUUGCUGUCUUCUGGUACUCGCUUUCAAAAGAUAACUUACAGACGUGUUCAGGCAGCAUUGUGGCUCCUAUGUGGGUUCUGACAGCGCGACACUGCAUCUUGACCAUGGACUGGGAAGGUGUUAUUUUCGCUGGCGACGUGGACUUCACGACGGACCGAGUCUUCACCAAAGUCAACAUCCAGAUCCGCAUAGCCCGGGAAGCUUACCGCUACUGGCCGCCACAGCCGGACCACCUGGACCACGACAUCCUGCUGCUGGUGCUCUGGAGGGCUUUCACCAUCGUGCGGGACUACGUCGCUGUCAUCCCCAUCACCGAGGACAAGACGUACCCGGCAGACUUCAAAAAGAUUUGCACCAUAGUGGGGUUUGGAAGGCGAGCCAGAGACGCGCCGCCAUACACGGGUAUUCAGAGGGGAGGCAGCUUCCUGAUGGAGCCUGGGCAGAAGUGUGGCCUCCCGGAAAUCAAAGACAACGGGCUGUGCACCUUCGACGUGCAGACGAAGUCCGCCUGCAAGGGCGACUCGGGGGGGCCCGUCUUCUGCGGCACGCCCGCCUUCCAGACGGGCCUCAUCGUGGGCGUCGUCUACAAGAACGAGUGCGCCAAGUGGUGCGGGGCGCCCGCACAGUUCAACUACCACAUCUUCGUGGGCUUCUACCGGGACUGGAUCCUCUCCCGCAUACACGAGCCGUUCCGCGUCCGCUCUGCUGCUGUGGUCCCGGCAGCCUCGCAGCUCAUUUCGCUUUGUACACUCGCCGUGUCUCUGCUCAGCUUUGCAAUAAACGACCACUCAUCUGCAUGA